AUGCCAGUUCCCGUCCCGCUCUAUUCCAAGCAGCCAGCGCACCCAGUAAUCAAGAUCAAUCAAUCCGAGUGGAUUAGUUCCUUACCAUCGUGGAGAAGGAAUAAACCUCGUCGUAUUUGGGAGGAGGAUCCCGUCGAAGACUACAACUACGUUCGACAGGGUUUUGAAGAGGGGUUGACCGCCGCGGACAACGCAGCGGUCAUUAAAGGAGCGCCUGCGCAAGCGUGCAUUCCGCCCAUCUCGACUCUCUUUGCGAGUGCAGGCUUCGCCUCGCCACCCCGACCAGCGAACAUGUAUACGGAUUACGGGGGAGACGUGGAUGAAGAAAUGAGUGCAUACUCAUCCCGUGUUCACGGUUGGCAAGGCCGUCACGACGACGUCUCGCCGAUUACCAACGCGGGGUACGAGGACGUGGAUAUGGACAACGUGGUAGACCCCACAGCACGCUAUGAAACAGAGGCGUAUGAACGAGGCGCUUUCAGCCCCGUCUUCGAGGACAUGUCGCCUGAAGCCGUCCACAUGCACGAACCCGCUUCUAGCCCUAUAGGUCCUGCGACACCUUUUGGCGAAUUUGUCGACAGGGCGGUGGCUGCCGCACAGCUCGUGCCGCCUUACGACUACGUCCGUGCCAUGAAUAUGCCUUUGGAGGUACGGCAGUUUUACCAGGAAGAUCGCUGGGGUUCUCAGUGCCAUCAGUGUCAGAGUUAUGUUGUCAUGGAUCAAGCGGCUCCUGAACCCGUCGUUACUCCCACCGCCACAGUGACCUACAAAAAGCUGGCUGAGCCGCUUUCUGAAUGGAUCGCUUCCUACGUGUGGAAGGUCUGUACGACAGGCAUGAGUUUACCGUCUACCUAUGCUCAGCCGAUGGCAUUCAUCAAACCCUAUCCCAGUGCGCCCCCGGGCCAUUUAGCGGCGUCGACCCACUCGAUGCUGCUUUCCACCCUUCUGCAACCUUCGGCUGUCUUCCUGGCAUUGUGGUACAUUGUGCGGCUGCCAGUAUUCUUCGGUCCCGUGAACCUAGAUCGCGAUCUCCAUAAGAAAGAAAUUCGCUUCCGAGCCGAGCUAUUGGGCGAAGCACGUAUGAGCUAUGACAGGGAUGCCAUUGAGUUGUAUGCACCUUUCCGGCUCAUCCUUCUUGGAUGUAUGCUCGCCAACAAGUGGCUGGAUGACCAUACUUUUUCCAACAAGACUUGGCAUACAAUCUCGAACGUCCCCAUUCAGUCUAUCAACAAGCUCGAAUCUCUCGCUCUCGACAUUUUCUGCUAUGACCUGUCGAUCUCGCCGUGCGAGUGGACUGACUGGUUGUCGCACUUGCUCUUGUAUCACUCGUCGUUGAACUCCGGCGCCUGUCCGCAGCCCAUCUCCCGUCCGUCCACGAGCCCUCAUACUAUCAUCCGCAAGUCUGUCGAGACGCUUGUUCACACUGGUGUCGUGCGACCGACGUGCAGUCGUCAUGGCAAUGCGACCUGUACCUCAUGCCCGCCUGAACCUGUCUUCGUGGGUCCUGAGGAGCGCAGGAAUGAUCGGUACGAGUGCUCUCGGCCUCACGACCAGAGCGUGGACGCCCUGGAGAUUGACCUCGACGAAGAUGGCCCCCUCCGGGAAGAGUACCUUCCGCGGCGUCGUAUCAGCGGGGUAGGGUCGACGCACCGCUCUCAAAUCGCCGCGAAGUUCGCCAAUUCAGAUAGGACCUUGCCUCCGCCGGCGAAAUGGAGUCCUGCCGCAGACUCGCCUAUAUUCGCGCCUCGGAACGUUCGUGAGCCCCGACAGUAUGUUGCUCCGCAGCCCGUGUCGCACAUGCCUGUAGUUCUGCCGCCGCCGCCACCGCAGGGGCUUCCCUUCUAUCAUACAGCGUGGUCGUACGGCGGUUACAUGCCCGAGCAUGAGAAGGUGGCAAUUCCCGAGCAUCCUGCGCCCCAUCCCGCUCCCGCUGUCUAUCACACCAUGCCAUCUUACGCGGGUUACGACUACGCCUACCCCAUUGUCUCGAGUCACUCGCGCUCGCACUCAUUGUCAUACAACCAGGUAGUGGCCGGCCAGCCUUAUGGUCGCCCUCGUUCCUAUUCCCAAACCGGGUAUGACCAGGGCUAUAGCGACAUUCGUUUCACCGACGGACACUUUGCCCCUCCCCCGCCUGCUCCUAUGAUGACCUGCUGGAGCCCGAUACACCCGGUCAACAAUGCGUCCUUCUACGAACGACCCUUCGAAUACCAUCAGAGGCCUCUCAAAGUGUGA